GCCAGAAAAGUGAUUUUCUGCCAUUAGGUUACUUAUAAUCAAAUAAAAAUAUAUAUUAACGCGAUUGCCUUUUGUUUUUAAGCGUGUAACGAGAAAUGACACUGGGGCUUUUUAAUAUUUGAGCGGGAAAAGCAGACUGUUCUCACUCCUUCGUUCAAAAAGAAGUAACGCAUAGCUAUUGGUUCAAGAGUGUACGUCCCCCAUAUGGCGUAAAUGCAACGGCCAAUCAAAUGCCUCAAUAACCACUGUCUUUGUAUUAAAAAGCUGAGCCUACAGCAGACAUCACUAGUCUACUAGAUUUGAAUCUAGCGCUACACCUACAAUGGCAAGAACCAAACAGACCGCCCGUAAGUCUACCGGAGGCAAAGCGCCGAGGAAGCAGCUUGCCACUAAAGCUGCCCGUAAAAGCGCCCCGGCCACCGGCGGUGUCAAGAAGCCUCACCGCUACAGGCCUGGCACCGUGGCUCUGCGAGAAAUUCGCCGUUACCAGAAGUCCACUGAGCUGCUGAUCCGCAAACUGCCCUUCCAGCGUCUGGUCCGAGAAAUCGCCCAGGACUUCAAGACAGAUCUGCGCUUCCAGAGUUCCGCUGUCAUGGCCCUGCAGGAGGCCAGCGAGGCUUAUCUGGUCGGUCUGUUCGAGGACACCAACCUGUGCGCCAUCCACGCCAAGAGGGUCACCAUCAUGCCCAAAGACAUCCAGCUGGCCCGCCGCAUCCGCGGAGAGCGCGCUUAAACUCACUUCUGACGUUUAAAAACCAAAAGGCUCUUUUAAGAGCCACCUCAAUAUGUCUUAAAAGAUCGAUAUACCAUUUAUUUUUGUGUAUUUCUGAAUAUUCUAAUCAACAAAAUGUCAUCAAAUAUUUUUUUUAUUCGUUUACAAUAAGUAUAUCCUUACCUGGUCUUAUUAUUUAUUAUUGAUGACUAUUCUGAGCUCAAAAUAUUUAAAUUCAUCGUGUAAACUGCUAUUCUAAUCCAACUUUUUCAUCAAACUUCUUCAUAUAAAUCCACAAUUUGUUGUUUUGUUAGAAGUGCAUAAUCUAGAUUAUCACUGGUGUGAGUUAUAAUGUUUGUGCCAAAAUUGUGACUUUUUCUCUAUUUGUAUUGGCUAUUUUCCCAUUUUUCUGGAGCUGUGACUUCUAUUAAUGGUUUAUCAUAUGCCAAACUGUACUCAGAUAAUUGUUCAUGUUUAUUGUAUAACAAAAACGUUGAUAAGCUGUCCUCUUCAUGACAUUUUAAACAAGCUUUAUUUCUAUGAUAAUCUAAAAUAAUAAAAA